CUGCCUUUCGUACUGCGGUCCACAUUCAUGCGAACUGCUCAGCUAGCUGGAUCAUUUAUAAGAAAUAGCUUUAAAAUUUUCUGAUUAGGUGGCCAUGUCAGAACAGGUGGCAUCAGACCCCAUAGGGAAAAGUGUCAAUGAGACUGUUUUGGGACAAUCUUCCCAAAGACUUUGCACAGUGUGUGAUGAGCCUGCUAGUGGGAUUUACUUUGGUGCCUUGGUUUGUUUAGCCUGCAAGAGUUUUUAUAUCCGCUGUACUCGUGAGGGCCAUAAAACAGACUACCGCUGUGCAGCUGUAGGGAGGUGUCUGCUAGAUAAACCCUACAGAGUGCGAUGUCAGCAGUGUCGCUUUCAGAAAUGUCUGAGUGUAGGAAUGCAUAGAAAGGAAAGGCCAGUAGCCAUAAGCCCAGAUGAAGGACAAAACUUGUGUAAAGUAUGUGGAUAUAUGGCAAAUGGAGUUCAUUUUGGUGUUGAAACAUGUGAAGGGUGCAAGAAAUUUUUUAGAAGAGGCCUAAAGGAGUGUGCAACAUAUCACUGUAAAGCUCUCAAAGAUUGUGCAAUCAAUCCUAAGAAUAGAAAUGAUUGUAGAUACUGCAGAUACCAGAAAUGUCUUGCUGUGGGAAUGUCAAGAGAUGCUAUCAAAAUGGGAAGGCCAAAGAAAUACUGUGGCAGUGGAAAUUCUCAGGAUUCUGCCUCAGCAGUGAUGGGUAAUGGCCACACAACGGAGACAACAGUUAAAAGGAUGGACUUUUCAGAACCUGUUUUUGAAUUCCAUGAGGUCACAGGAAACCAUGCAGGAGUUGGCCUAGAUCAGUCACCAGCAUUGGAUAAUAAAGGCUGCACCUCUACCGCAGAUGCGGUGACUCCCCAUCAGAAACAGAUUGCAAAGAUAUACGAAGUUCUUAAUAUAAGUGAGAAUGGCCAUCCAGCAGAUUCAGCAGAGGCCAAUGGUGCCUGUCAUAUGUGUAGUAAUACAGAUACUUCUGAAAGCAAACUGAGAGCUCUUUUAGAAGGAAAAUGUAAUGAUGAUGGCACAACACAAUCAGGCAUUCAACAGACAUUCCAAAAGGAUGGCAGUUUAGAAGAAGGUUGGAAGACGCACAUCCCCAUGCAGCAUGAAGAUGCCCCUUUUUCUGAUGACAGCAUGAGACAAGGGGCCCACACCUCCAGCAGUCCACAGGUGCUUCCGCCUAGUGGACAAGAACACUAUUGGGUUCAUAGCACACAAAGUAUUGGAGACUCUGAGGAUACUUUUUUCAGCGUGUUGCCUGUUGUAGAAAAUUUUACACACGUGGAAAUGGAAAAGUUACUGAUGAGUAUAAAUAACCAACAGCAGUCUGAAGGGGGUUACUCAGAGAGUAUCCCUGCUGAAAAAAUGAUGAAAGAUAUAUCACAGAACUCUUCAGGUGGAGUUUAUAGAGAUGAGUAUGCUUUUGAAUCUCAGGGGCAGGGCAUGUCAGUGGGUUCUUCUUUCUCCCCACCAGUCUCAGGGUGGAGGGAUGAAGCUGGAAGCAAAGAGGGGGAAUCUGCAAUUUCAGAUGAUCAUGAAAUAAUGAGUACAAUGUGUCGAUUCUUAGGCCUGUCAACACAACCAGCACAAGAGCCCCCUUUACAGACAUCAGCCUUAUAUGACACCUUGCAAAAACACAGCAAGCAAGAAGUACCAGAUGGCCAGAAUAGUUUAUCUCAAUGGACCCAAGGGCUGCUUCAUGAAAGCACCAUUAAUUUUGCUGUUAAACACUCACAAACCCAACCAUCAGAUCAUCUCAUAGAUGAGUUCUUUGAAGAGGUGGAAGCUGCACAGCAACUGCCAAAGAGCAAAACUGGUUCUUUCAGUUCAAGUGCACAAAUGUCUGGCUAUAAUCAAUUCAGCCCCUUGGAAGGAGGCAAGCGCAAACUAGAACAAGAUGAUGAAAGUAGACAUGGUCAGUGUGUCAAAAAUGCCCCACACCUUGAGUGGAAUUGGGGAUGUUUGAAUCCAACGUUUAACAGUCCAAGGCAAGAGAUGAAUAAACGAUUCUUAUGUGAGAGUUAUUGGUUUAAGACCUGCUUUUCUGAGAAUCACAAAGAAGAAAUGACGCCAGAUCUGCAACGCCUCAUUGAGAACACUGUCAGAGAGUUCCACAUAAUGGUGGAUGGUUGUGAUGAGGAUAAGCUACCCAAGACACCAGAAAAUGCUAACUAUGAUCCUGCCUGGCCUAAGAAAGGAAAGGACAUGGGCCAUUGGAAACAUGUGCAAAGGCGCAUCGUUAGGAAUACAAUGUACCAGGUGGCAUUUGCCAUGAGUUUGGAAGGUUUUAGAAAAUUCCAUAGUGAAGAUAUACUGCAGUCUCUCAAGUUUGGAGGGUUUCAAGCAAUCAUCAUAUUUGCCAGUGUCAAAUGGUUCAUGCCAGACCAGAGAAGAUUUCGUAAUUUCUGGAAUUGGACAAUUGAGCCAAAGAAUCCAAUGUAUUAUUUCAAGAUUGAACUUGUGAACAUGGGGGAACUGAUCCACAUGCUCAAUCUUGAUGAUGUGGAGAGUUCUUUGAUGUGUGCUCUGAACUUUUUAUCACCAGAUUGGCAUGGGCUUCAGAACCCAGAUCAGAUGGAAAAGGCAAGGCAGAUGUACCUGCAAGCCUUGCUGGCUCACAUUCAAGAAAAAUACUGUCAUGGCAUCAAGCGUCUUCAGAUGUUGCUUGCUCUGAUGCCUCAGCUCCGUUACCUUACAGUGUGGCACUACCAGCUCCUGAGCAGUGUGAAAGUGACCAUUCCUUCCUCUGACUCAGACAAAAAGUGAUACAGGAAAUAGUUGGAAUUUUCAUACUUAAGAAUGGCAUUCAGGACCAAAGACAUCAUAAAAAAUGUCCUGUGACACAGAUAAAAACAAUUAAGAACUCUAGUACAAACGUGAAACUGUUGCAAAUAUUUAUUACAGUAUGAUAUUAUUUGAGUUAAAUAUUUUGUUUUAGUCAGUGCAGAACUGUACUAAAAAUACUUCUAAUUCUCUGAAAACUAUUAAUACUUCAGAUAUUUUGAAUGUAUUUAUUUCUUUAUAUUGCUGCUAGUGCUAGAAAGAAGUGGAAGUUAUUAAUUUCUUUAGUCAGACCCAAUCAUUAUUCCUAUUUGCCAAAGACAUACACCCCAUUUCCAUAGAUUUUUAGAUCGAUCUAUCCCUGUGGGGAGUCUCACUAUAUUACUGUCAGCUU